CACAUGACAUGAGUGCUUGAAAGACAUUUAACCAACAAGCUAGUCGUUAUUACAGUUGUGUUCAUACAGUAAGCUAACAGUAAGAAAAGCAAACCAUAUGGUAACUGAAGAGUGCUAGCAGCAGCUAACUCCAUUAUAUUGCUGCAGAGGUCAGAUAGCCAUUAACCCGUCAAGUUAGCCAGUGUUUACCCUCCACAUGAGUGCAGCUAGCUAACCAAACAUGGACACACUCAGGAGUUUAAAACCUUUAUUUUCCUCUUCUCAACACUGGAUACCUGUCAGGUGUUUACAGCCCAGAUAUUACUGUAAAGCAGCUAACACAGGUGUAACUUCAGGAGAGAGGAGGACAACGUUGAAUAAGUUCAAGACUCAGAUAUCCUCUGGUCCAAGUCUUCAGGAUUUUAUCAAAGGAACUUCAGUUAAACAGACUUAUGUUGCAGACACAGAGUACUUUGAUAAACAUGAAUAUCUGUCUGAGGAGUUGGAGAUGGGGAAUUCGAGGAAAGUGUAUUUUGAAACCUAUGGAUGUCAAAUGAAUGUAAAUGACACAGAUAUAGCCUGGUCCAUUCUACAGAGGAAGGGUUAUCUCCGCACAGUCAACUUGAAUGAGGCGGAUGUUGUCCUUCUGGUAACAUGCUCCAUUAGAGAGAAAGCUGAACAAACUAUUUGGAAUAGAUUACAACAACUGACAGCUAUGAAGAGGAAGCGCUUAAAGAGCCAAACACCAAUGAAAAUUGGGAUUUUAGGUUGUAUGGCAGAGAGGUUAAAGACGGAGCUUUUGGAACGGGAGAAGCUUGUAGAUGUUCUUGCCGGUCCUGACGCCUACCGGGAUCUCCCCCGCCUCUUGACUGUAGCAGAUGGAGGUCAGCAGGCUAGCAAUGUGCUGCUGUCUCUAGAGGAGACCUACGCUGACAUCAUGCCCGUCCACCAUGCUCCUCAGGGAAACAGCGCUUUUGUGUCCAUCAUGCGAGGCUGUGACAACAUGUGCAGUUACUGCAUUGUUCCCUUCACACGAGGGAGAGAGAGGAGUCGACCUGUCAGCUCCAUUCUUGAGGAAGUUCGUAUGUUGUCUGACCAGGGUGUGAAGGAGGUGACGCUGCUGGGUCAGAACGUGAACAGCUACAGAGACACAUCAGAAGAACAGUUCUGCAGCGAGGAUGCGACCAAGCUGAGCCGCGGCUUCACCACCGUCUACAGAACCAAACGUGGAGGUCUGCGCUUCUCUGACCUGCUGGACAGAGUGUCGCUAAUCGAUCCUGACAUGAGGAUCAGAUUCACCUCCCCGCACCCUAAGGACUUUCCUGACGAGGUUUUGCAUCUAAUUGCGGAGCGAGGGAACAUUUGUAAGCAACUCCACCUUCCAGCCCAGAGCGGCAGCAGUCAGGUCUUAAAGGCCAUGCGACGUGGCUACACAAGAGAGGCCUAUCUUGAACUUGUGCAGAAUGUUAAGAGAAUUAUCCCAGAUGUGAGUCUCAGCAGUGACUUCAUCUCAGGCUUCUGUGGUGAGACAGAAGAGGACCACCAACAGACUCUGUCUCUGAUUAGGGAAGUGGGCUACAAUGUCGGCUUCCUUUUCGCCUACAGUAUGAGAAAGAAAACCCACGCCUUCCACCGGCUACAGGACGACGUGCCGGCAGAGGUGAAGCAGCGGAGGCUUCAGGAGUGUAUCAGUGUGUUCAGAGAGGAAGCUGCAGGGGUCAACGCAGCUCUGAUCGGCAGCACACAGCUUGUCCUGGUAGAGGGAGAGAGUAAAAGAUCUGCCAAAGAUCUGUGUGGGAGAACUGAUGGCAACAUGAAAGUGAUUUUCCCCAAAGAGGAUGUUGCUGUUCAGCCUAUGGAAUCCAACACUGCACCAAUCAGAGCUGGAGACUAUGUGCUGGUGAAGAUAUCAUCAGCUAACUCUCAGAGCCUGAGAGGUGAAGCCCUCAGUCACAGCUCCCUGAGAGGCACUCUGAUGCCCUAUGAGAUUCUGCCUAGCCACCAACUCGAUGGACAUCAAGUUCAGACUCAGACACAACCAUGAUCAAAACAUGGCUUUGAUUGACACAGGUGACACCACAAAAAAAAAGCAACCCUCGCACACACCUUCUUCUUCUCUUAUCUGACUGUGAAAACAUGUGGAAUGGGAAUUCUCGAGUUCAUAACUGAUGAAAGAUGAGCUAUAAAAACUGCAAUCUGCAAAUUCUAUAUUUAUAAUGUGUAUGUACAUAUUAAACUGCUUAAGAUACUGAAACAUAUUUAAAUCAUACGGUUUGUUUAAUAAAUACCACAGCAGUUGA